CAGAAGCCUCCAUAUCCCCCCGUUGACUGACCGGGACCUGAAUUCUCUCGAUAUCUCCUCCCUGUCUGUUGGUCGCAUUUGCGCACACAAUGCAGGGCAUCGGCCCUCUGCUUUCUCCGUCUCCCCCAACCAAUAAAAAUUGCUCGAGUUCGAUAAGCACCAACCACUCCCACUUGUGAAGGUCUCUCUGUUAAUCACGAGGGGCAUUACAUUAUUCGAUCGAAUCUCUGGUUACCCUGAAUUCCUAUCUGGGUUUCACUUCACUUCGCUGCUCGUUUGGUAAAAGGGUUUGUCGUCACCACUCCAUGGAGAUCGAGAGUGUCCUUUCUUGAAUUGCCACUCCUUUUCCCGCCUUCUUGAUCCGGUCAAUGGCCGCCUCUGUGUCAGCGUUUUCAUUCUCUGUCGACAAGACUCGUCUCGCCGGACUCUCACCUGCCUAUGGGAGUGUCCACCCCUGUUAUUCCCGUAAAAGGUUCUCCUCCUCAUUCGGGUCAAAGGCGAACUUGUCCUUGGCGUUUGUAGGUCCCCGCCGCCCAUUGUGCCCUCUCUUUGCCUAUCCUCGUAAUUCCCCGUCGCCUGCGAGGAACGCACUUUUGGGUGAUGGGUUUGCUUCUGUGGCGGAAGACGAAGGCGAUUUGACGAUUCCCGAGGAGAGACCGGUCAAGUUUCUGCUCUGGGUCGUGUUCUGGGCUUCUGUGUCUGUGGCUUGGUUCGCAGCUUCCAAUGACGCGCGGGCCGCGGUUGAUUCAAUCAAAGCCUCGGGCUUUGGCUUGAAGGUCGCGAGCAAACUGCGGAGCUCGGGAUGGCCAGACGAAGCUGUGGUUUUCGCGCUCGCCACGCUUCCGGUGAUUGAGCUCCGAGGGGCCAUUCCUGUUGGUUACUGGAUGCAACUCAAGCCUUCACUCCUCACUGUCUUAUCUAUUAUCGGGAAUAUGGUGCCCGUACCAUUCAUCAUACUCUACUUGAAGAAGUUCUCUACUUUUCUUGCUGCAAGGAACCGAUCGGCGUCCCGGUUAGUUGAGAUGCUGUUUGAGAGGGCGAAGGAGAAGGCUGGCCCUGUAGAAGAGUUUCAGUGGCUUGGCCUCAUGUUGUUUGUGGCUGUGCCUUUUCCUGGAACAGGGGCUUGGACUGGAGCUAUCAUAGCUUCGGUUCUGGAUAUGCCCUUUUGGCCUGCAAUGACUGCCAAUUUUUGCGGUGUUGUCCUUGCAGGGCUUCUGGUGAAUUUGCUUGUGAACCUUGGUCUCAAAUAUGCCAUUGUGACUGGUAUAAUCCUCUUUUUUAUUUCCACAUUCAUGUGGAGCAUCCUUCGAAGUCUUAGGAAAUCUUUGGGCUCAUCAAACUGAUGAAUAGAAACUACUCAAGAUUUGAUGUUAAGUUAAUGGCAUUGAAUUCUAUACUCAGUUCAUAAGUGGCUGUCUCCCCUUCACUA